AAGCAUCUCCCGCGCCCGCUGUCUUGGCCGCGGCGCACGGCGCGCGUCGUCGUCGAGGCGUCUCCAAGCGUCGCGUCGUCGUCGCUGCCGCGGCACCGCUCUCGACCGCGCGCGCGCGUGGACGCGCGCCGACGCGAUGGCGGCGCCGAUGAACGUCAUGGCGGCCGUGCGGUCCUACGUCGACAAGAUCGUGGGCGACCCGAACUGCCCGGGCAUGAAGGUGCUGCUCCUCGACGAGUGGACGACGAAGACGGUCGCCAUGGUCUACUCGCAGACGGAGAUCCUCGACCGCGACGUCUACCUCGUCGAGCGCCUGGACCAGGCGCAGAACCACGAGGUCAUGAAGCACCUCAAGGCCUGCGUCUUCGUGCGGCCGACGCCGGCGAACUUCGCCGUGCUCACGCAGGAGGUGCGCCGGGCCAAGUUCAGCGAGUACCACGUCUUCUUCAGCAACGUCGUCCCGGGCGACGCGCUCAAGGCCUUGGCCGAGGCCGACGAGAACGAGGUCGUGCGCCAGGUCCAGGAGUACUACGCCGACUUCGUGCCCGUCAACGCCGAGCUCUUUUCCUUGAACCAGCGCCAGUCGCUGCGGCUGUCCACGGAGCUGCGGGACGCGUUCCACCAGGACAUGUUCGCGCGGAACGUCAACGGCCUGCUCUCCGCGCUGCUGAGCCUCAAGCUCCAGCCCUCGGUCAUCCGCUACGCCGGCGCGUCGCGCGUCGCCAAGGCCGUCGCCGCGGAGUGCGCGAGCCAGAUCGCCGCCGACGGCAUCUUCCACUUCGCCCGCCUCGAAUCGCCCCGCUUCGAGGAAGACGCCGCGCUCCCCCUUAGGUCGCAGUGGACGUACCAGGCCAUGGUCCACGAGCUCCUGGGCCUGAACAGCAACCGCGUCAAGCUCAAGGGCGCGCCCGGCGUCAAGGACAAGGACCUCGAGGAGGUCGUGCUCUCGGCGACGGACGACGCGUUCUACGCGGAGAACAAGUUCGCGAACUUCGGGGACCUGGGCAUGGCCGUCAAGGACCUGCUCGACGACUACCAGCGCCAGACGAAGAUGAACGAGAACAUCUCGUCCAUCGAGGACAUGCAGUCGUUCAUGGAGCGCUACCCCGCGUUCCGGUCGAAGAGCCUCAACGUCACGAAGCACGUCGCGCUCAUCGGCGAGCUGAGCCGCCUCGUGGACGUCUACAAGCUCAUGGACGUGAGCCAGCUCGAGCAGGACGUGGCCUGCAACGACGACAAGUCCGCGCAGUGGCGCGAGGUCCUCGCGAAGCUCAACGACGCGGCGGUGAAAGCGCCGGACAAGCUCCGGCUCGCGAUGCUGUACGCGCUGCGCUACGAGUCGGCCCAGGCGUCGACGACGGACCGCCUCAAGCUCAGCCUCGAGGAGAACCGCGUCAACCCGGACAAGGUCGCGCUCCUCGACGCGCUCCUCGCCUACGGCGGCAAGCGCGCGCGCGGGCCGGGCCUCUUCGACUCGAACAAGAGUCUCCUCGCCAAGUUCAGCAAGCAGGUCAAGUCGUCCCUCGAGGGCAUCGAGAACGUCUACGCGCAGCACGUGCCGCUGCUCAUGGAGACGCUCGACGCCGUCGCCAAGGGCAAGUUGAACGCGCAGCACUACCCCGCCGCGACGACGGCGACGCCGCUCCAGGGCGCGAAGCACGACCAGGUGAUCGUCUACAUCGUCGGCGGCGUCACCUACGAGGAGGCCACCAAGGUCGCCGAGCUCAACGCGGCCAACGCCGGCGUCUCCGUCGUCCUCGGCGGCUCCUUCGUCCACAACUCCGGCACCUUCCUCGAGGACCUCGACGACGCGUUCGGGGGCCGGCGCUGAGCGGGCGCGCUGGGAGGUUCCGUGUUUUAAGGCGCACUGGGACCUC